GUCUACUGCUACUUCCACCCGUUCUGUUCUUCGCUCUGCUGUUCAAAAGCAAAGCAUUGUCUCUUGCAGAUCAUUCCACCAAUCUGCCAUGUUGAAUCAACACAGAGAAAAAUUACGUAUUGGUUUUAUUGGUCUUGGUCAAAUGGGUGCUAGAAUGGCUCCUAAUCUCCUCAAGGCUGAUUCCAACGCUUAUGAAGUUUUUGCCUAUGAUGUUAUGGAUUCUAAUAUUGAAAUGACCACCAAGAAACAAUCAAAGAUUAAUGCUUGUAAAUCUAUCGAUCAAAUUAUGCAACAAAAUCCAGAUUGUGUUAUUACCAUGUUGCCAACAACCAAGAUUGUCACUCAAGUUUAUGAUGAAGUUGUUUCAUUAAAGAAGAAAUAUGGAGCUUCUGAAAAAAUUAGAACUGUCUGUAUUGAUAGUAGUACUGUUGAUCCAAAGACUGUUCAAGAUAUUGAACAAUUAAUCAAGAGAGAACAAUUGAAUAUGAGUGUAAUGGAUGCUCCAGUCAGUGGUGGUGUUAAUGGUGCUGAAAAUGCAACCCUUACUUUCAUGGUUGGUACUGAUAAUAAGGUUGAUUUUGAAUUUGCUCAAAAGAAUAUUCUCUCAAAGAUGGGUAAAUCAAUUGUUUUGUGUGGAGAAAAAGUUGGUAUGGGUCAAGUUGCCAAAUUGUGUAAUAACUUGGUUUUGGGUAUCUCAAUGGCUGGUGUCAGUGAAGCUUUAGUUUUGGGAACCAAAUUGGGUAUGGAUCCAAAGGUUUUGAGUCAAAUCUUUGGUACCUCAACUGCUCAAUGUUGGUCUGUUACUGCUUACAAUCCAUUCCCAGGUGUUAUGGAAAAUGUUCCAAGUAGUAGAAAUUAUGAAGGUGGUUUUGCUGUCAAUUUGAUGUUGAAGGAUCUUGGUUUGGUCAAUAGUGCUGCUAAGAAUAUUGAUUAUGAUUUGGCUAUGGGUCAACACGUUCAAGAAUUGUACAAGCAAGCUUCUGAACAUGGAUUGGGUGGUAAAGACUUUGGUGCCAUUCUCAAAUAUUUCCAAGAACAAUUAGAAAACAAGCAAAAGUAACUCAAUAAUUUCAAAUUUUAUUUUUU